UUCAUAAUUCGAUAAACAUUCCUUGGAACACACGAUCUCGUCCUCAUAAGAGUAUCCCCUUGACAUCCUCAAUUUCUUCAAUAUCUCAUCAUUCCAAUAAUUCUCAUAAUCGACCUAAAACCAGUCAACCCCCUCCCCCCAAAUAUAACAAUGAUGAUAAAUGAAUAUAAAGGAAUGGGCGAAAAACGAUAAUAAAAUUUUCAGUACAAAUUUAAUGAACAAUUCAAUCGAAUUUCUAUGAAAUCGGUUCAUACGCGUACUGGAAUAAUGUGUUGUCCAUAAAACUCUCAAAGAGAAUCAAAGAGUCUAACCUCAAAGUGCUCUACUCCAGUGAUGUCAUAUAGCUGCUGAAGUGUUAGAAACUCCGGAGGCAUUUUGUGAUGCUCCAACCUUUGAUCUUCUCCACUAUCAUCCAUAUACCAGGCUCGUACCAUUUUGAAUUUCGACAGCUUGAAACCAGUUGCUUGAAAAUCUUGCGAAUCGUUCAAAAACCUCGGGUCCUACUAGUUGGUUAUGUGAAUUUCUAACGACUUUAAUUCAAACUUGACAAGCAGAAUAAUGAUGGACCAAAUGGAUGAGUUUUACCAAAAAAUUCAGACAUUUUUAAUAAAAAAGGAUCCUGAAGUAGGAAAAUUAAAAUUCUUAUCAUCAAGGACGACAGAGGAGAGCGCUAAACUCAUCGAGGAGAUCAUCACUGCUAUGGGCUCAAUAUUUGAAGCUUGCAACAUCCCAAUCAAAGAGGGAAUAUCAACGUGUAACAUGAAAUGCAUUGAGGCACUAAAGUACUUUAUUCUAAAUACGAAUUUCAAUGCCCAGGAAUUUCUCCAGGACGACCUCCUUCACGGUCACUUGGUUGACAUGUGCCCUCCGUUGUCUCCGUACCUCUUCAUCGAGCUCAUUUGGUUUCUAGAAUACGACCAAGUCCUGGCCGAGUCGAUUCUGUAUUUACCACUUGAUCUUUGCAUUGAAAUUUUGGAGAUUCUACGACGAUGUGUUCACAUGUUGGACUUCCCGAGGGGCUUCAAUUUCUUAGUAACCCUCGCCAAAAACAGUUACAUAAAAGUAUUAACUGUUAGAGAUGCUGGAACUCAAUCGCAGGAUUUUGAAGUAAAUCUCGAGAGUCUAAUAAUUAACUACCAAGAAAUUUUAACUUUAUUGACAGAUAAGAAGUGCACAAGGUUGUUGGAGGUCUCCGAAAUAAAAAGGAGCGAACGUUAUGGAUAUAUCCUUCGAGAGAUUUUACAAUUAACAACAAAUUGCUUAGAGUUCAGUCAGAGAGAAUUUAGAGUUGAAUCUGAAAGAGAAAAAUUAUAUAAAAUCACUUUUGGUCGAGGAACUCUUCAAAGAUGUGACGCAGAAACUGCAAUGAGGCACAUAAAAUCUCUAAACCUCGAAUUGUUCAAUGUUCUCUUGAAGAAAGUUAAGAAGAUUAACUGUAACAUUUAUCUAGACUGGGCAUCGUUGGAAGCUGAUGGGAACCCUUGUGCGUCCCUGCAACAGAUGAUAGGCAUUGAAUGCUUCGAUUUAAUACAAUUCAUAAAAAUGAACAAUAUUGAAGCUCAGGAUCAUCUCGUAGAAUGUCUCCAGCAGUUAUCAGUAAAACCAGAAUCCCUCAACUACUGUACAACGAUGAACUUGAUGGAAUUAUGUGAAGGAGUGGAAAAGGGAAAUCAUUAUUGCCUUAAACAACUAUUAAUUCAGCGCAAUAAUUGGGACCACUCUGUCUUCGAUGCAAUCCGCAAAAAAGUCGAUCUAUUCGAUAGAGAUGAUUUUGUCAAUCUUCUGGAGUAUUUAACUGAAUUAAUGGUGAAAGAUGGAUACGAAGAGCACAAGCAGAUGGUUUACAAUAUAGUAACUCGAGUCUUUUUCUUUCAAAAACUCAAGGAUUUGUACGAAAUUACAUUGGAAUACAUUCUGAAGCACAAUGCAGAAAAUAUUUUGGAAUCUAUUCAUACUGAAAAAAUGUUCGUGGCAUUCAUACUGAAGAAUCCUGACUUCAAAACUCCAAAUAAGUUGAAGAUAGUUCUUUUUUUUUUACUCAAAAAUUCUCAAAAGUUUCUGAUGAUUUUGAUAAGAAUUUGCAUUGGAUCAGAGGAGUACAGUAACAUUAUGAUAAAUCCAGAUGACUUAAUUCUCCUCUCUCCAAUAAUGACCAUGCUUAAUGAAACUGGAAAGUUAGUUCUAUCAUGUUUGUUGAAAAUUUCUCUCGAUAAAGAUGAAUUCACACCCAUUAAAUUUUCUAAUUUUAUCGACUCAAUGCUUAAGCACAAUAUCUUUACACCUGAUGAAUUGAUCCACACGGUUUACAUACCCUCGAUUGAAACCCCAUAUUUACCAGUCUCAACAGUUAGAUCAACACUCAAUAAUAUCCGUCAAAUUCUUGUAACAUUGAACAAUGUUAAUCUUGAAUUGUUGCUCAAGUCAUUGGCGAAAAAAAUGUCACAAUUACGCAAUGACAGAACUAUUUCCAAGUAUCUCAAGAAUGAAAUACUAACCGUGACCAUAAGAAUAGUACAGACAGUAUUACGUACACGUGAUAAUUGGUUUGAAGAUGCUGACAACAGAGAUUGGAUUAUUGAGCUUGAAGCAUUGCUUCAGCCUGUAGAUAAAUUUUAUUUUUCCAAGCUCUUUAAUUCAUCAGAGUACUUCGAUAUUACUGAGAUAAUUGAUGAUUAUUUAAGGCAGACAAAUACAAUUAUACAAAAAGCAAUACCCGCGAUCGAAGCAGCCUCAAUUUACAAAUUAAAUUUAGAAAAAGAAAUAAUGAAACACCUAAUUCUUACAUGUACAGAGUCUGAGUACGUGAGAAUAGCAUCUGAAAUAACAGUAAUUCACUGGGGUUAUUUCAAAUACGCUGAUGAGGUCGAGGGUUUCGAUAAUAUUAUGCAAAUAACGAUUGAAGCUUGCGAAUAUUGUUUAAGAGCCUCGGAAACAAAACCCGAUUACUUUGGCUGCCUCAUCAAAUCGUUAUCAAAAUUCGUAAAGGGUUUAAUUCAUUUAGAAUUGGAAAUUGAUAAGCAAUUACUCUUCAGUUCAUUCCUCAAUAAUUUCAGAAAAUUGAAUGUGAGUGUGAAAGGUACGGAGUAUGAGCAUUUCUAUAAUGAGACAGUAAUGAGGAUGAAUAAUCGGCCAAGUAAUGAGUCAGCCAUUGAGUCAUUAGCGGAAGUUAUUAGCUUUGUAAGCAGCUUUGGUGAUAAGUGCUUGAAGCCACUAAUUGGAAAAAAAUGUGAAUCUAAAGGAGUUUUAAAAGAAGAAAUUUGUCAGAAUUUCAUUUCCAUGUGUCUUAUUGCAUCGUUCGAUAAUCAAUCCUGCAUUAUAAGGAGAGUAAAGGAUUUAUUUCUCUCUACUCAAUGAUGUUACCUAUUAAGCUGUCAGAAAUUUCUGAUUUCUUUUGUACGCUUCGGAUAAUUAAUAAAUGGACGUAAAUCUCGA